AGAAGGUUUUCAAAGUUAGUAUACGGUGAAGUGUGCAUGUACGUUCAAUCGACUGCCUGUGUAACUGUAUCGCGGCUAACGGUGCAUUCAGAAGUGCGUGCGUAUUGGUCGUUUUCAUGGUUUGUUUUCUUCCGUUUGGUCCUCGAUACCGUUGCUAGUGUGGCUUUCGCGCUCUGUUCUUUGCGUCAUUGUGUAUUCAUUACUGAAAUUAGCGGUAAAUAUAUUUCAUGUUCAGAUUGUAUCAACUCUUGUGACGAGCACUCAGAAUAGGCAGACGACAGAAAAACAGCAUGAGAUAGAAGUAUUUGAGUGGCUUGCUGUUAAGCUAGAGUAAGCCCUACACAUACUUCCAAAUAACAGAUGUGCGUAGGACUUAGGAUUUAGUCGUUUAGCUGCUAAAAUUAAUGGAAACCUGCAGCUAUUAUAGUACGUUUAUUACACUUAGAAACAGUACUGGAGAUAGAAAGGUUUUUCGCGUGUCACGUGCUAGCGUGCGCUAAAUAGCCUAUCAGUCUUUAAUGUAUGUUAGUUGCACGAGCUUGGAUAGCGGAGGUUCACGCGGUCAGAGUUCAUGGAGAAAACUGAUAUCGUGCGUCUUGUUCCGAGAUGGACGCGAAUACAAAUAACCAGCAAGAAGUAACAUCUUCGAGCCACUUGGACAGUGGACGCGCGAUAAUUCAUCAGAGUGAAGAAGACCAAAGCCUAGCCGUUGCUGAUUCCAAUAGCAAUACUACGAAAUCAUUUGUGCCCUGUAAAGUUUGUGGAGAUAAAGCGUCUGGAUACCAUUAUGGUGUGACGUCAUGCGAGGGUUGUAAGGGAUUCUUCAGACGGAGCAUACAGAAACAAAUAGAAUACAGGUGUCUCAGAGAGGGUAAAUGCCUAGUUAUUCGACUAAACCGGAAUCGCUGUCAGUAUUGUCGUUUUAAGAAGUGUCUCGCCGUUGGAAUGUCGAGGGACUCUGUUAGAUAUGGUCGAGUGCCAAAGAGGUCGAGAGAACGGAAUGACGAAAGCCGCGUUACUCAGGCCGAAGCUGACCAAUCGGCGAAAGAGCUAGAGAAUAAACAACUGGCCAUGUACGAUAUUAUUUUGACCAUAUCUCAAGCCCAUCAUACCAAUUGUGCCUAUACAGAGGAAAAGACGCGAAGCUUAGUUCGGAAACCAGCAAUUUUUCAGAACUUGGACGAGUUUCAACCAUCUACAACUGACGAUAAUGGGAACGGACAAGUAACAGCUGACAGUUUAGAACACCAGAAGAUUUCUAUGUGGCAACAAUUCGCCAUAUUGGUUACUCCGUCCAUCCAAAGGGUGGUGGAAUUCGCGAAACGUGUUCCUGGAUUCUUGGACCUAACUCAAGAUGAUCAGUUGAUCCUCAUCAAAUUAGGGUUUUUUGAAGUUUGGCUUGUACACAUUGCCCGCAUGAUUAAUACCUUUGAAAACAGCGUGACUUUCAGUGACGGUAGUUACAUAUCUCGCCAACAGAUGGAAAUAAUGUUCGAUAAUGAAUUUGUAUCUUCUGUUUUUCACUUUGCUAUGAACCUGAACAACUUGCAGUUGAAUGACACAGAGAUUGGGUUGUUUUCAGCAGCUGUGUUGAUGACCUCAGAAAGGGUGGGCAUCUAUGACAACAAGAGUAUCGAUCAGCAACAGGAGAAGUUAAUGGAGGCUUUAAAACUCCAGGUUGGACGCAAUCAUCCUAAUGAACCUCAUCUUUUUCCAACUCUGAUGAUGAAACUACCAGAACUGCAUUCUCUUGGUGGAAAACACAUGGAACACCUUGAAUGGUUUCGAGCCAACUGGACAAGACUUAAGCUUCCACCUCUUUUUGCAGAAAUUUUUGAUAUACCAAAAUGUGAAGAAGAUUUAGUACAAUAAUGAAAAUGUAGUAUUACAUUAUUCUACCAGUGUGUUCACCUGACAGUUCAAGUUAUUCCCAACCACCAACAACAUGCUCACCGCCCCAUUCCCAGCAUUCCAGAUUUUAGAAAAGCUACAACACUAAGAGCCUUGGGGUCAGCAGGCCAUGGAUAUUUAUUGUAUUCAUACAACCUGACAUCAAGAUUCAACUGUAUAGAGAAACGUAGGGCAUAAGUUUAGUCAGUUGACCUCGAAUGUCAAACUGUGGUUGAAGUAUAAACUCUUGUGCUUUACAAGUAUUAUUGAAGCUGAGAAAGGUAUUUCAUUUGACCUAUCAUCAAAGGAUUUAACUGUCAUGCACUUUUAACUUUUGUAAUUUUGGUUAACUAGUGGCUAUCUCAACAACAAAAUGGAAAUGUUUUGCACAUUUUCUUAAUGUGUGGUUAUUCUUAAUUUUUAGCAACCAGUGGUGGUUUGUGAGUCUUGUUGGUGAAGUCUGUCAUUAAUCACGAUAUGUCAUUGACAUGACUUUUAUAAGCCUAUUUUAAUCAUUCAUCUAGCAGAGAAUGUUGUAAUUACACCAUACAUUCUAUCACCCUAUUAUUCACAUUGUUUUCAUAAAUCAAUGGUCUUCUUAACGUCACCACUGAAGUUUGUAGUUACUGUAUACCUUCUUUCAACCUGUGACUUUGUUUUUGUUAACUAGCCAAAUGGUGAAUUUUGUUACCUCCAUUUAGAGGUUGUUUUGUAUGUAGUACAUGUAGAUGGUAGUUUUAUUUUUUUAUUCCUUAUUGUGAGAUCCCUGAGUUACAGUUUUCACUGCCACUUACACUGAGGCUAGUCCUCAAAAAGUAAACUAAGAAAAGUUAUUGUAAACAAUUAAAUAGAUCUCUUAUAUUAUUAAUAAAGGGUGUUACUGAAAGUCUA